AUGGCUGGGAUUGGGAGCUUGUUGAAGCUUCUCCCAACAGGAACCGUGUUCACAUUCGAGUUCCUAAACCCGGUUCUUUCCAACAAUGGAACCUGCAGCACUAGUAGCCCCGUCUACAAAUAUCUCACUUCCAUCCUCAUCGCCAUUUGUGGCUUAUCCUGUUUCUUUUCCUCUUUCACCGACAGUUACAAAACCAAAGAUGGCAAAAUUCGCUAUGUUUUUGCCACCUUCAAAGGCUUUUGGCCUUCUGCCGACCAGGAUUCUGAGGUGGAUUCGUCAAAGUAUAAGAUCAAGAUUGGGGAUUUUGUUCACGCUUUGUUGGCGGUGUCAAUCUUUGCAGUGUUGGCUCUCUUGGAUUCAAAUACAGUGGCUUGUUUUUAUCCAAGUUUUCAAUCAAAUGGGAAGAAGUUGAUGAUGGCUUUGCCUCCGGUUAUCGGAGCGCUUUCAGGCUUCAUUUUCGCGGUUUUCCCUAACAACCGCCAUGGCAUAGGCUAUCCUGCUGCAGCUAAUUCCUCCUCCUCUGUUACCAAUGUUAUUAAUAAAACCUAA